UGUACAAGUGAGGCUAUGGUUUGGUAAUUAGGAAUGUUUAUCCGAGGGAUGUUAUAAGGGCUAGUGUUAUGCUUGAGAGGAAGGAGUAUGCCACCAUCUUAGCGUUCGAUGUCAAAGUAACACCUGAGGCUCGGGAGCUUGCAGAUGAGACUGGUGUGAAGAUAUUCAUUACCGAUAUUAUCUAUCACUUGUUCGAUCAGUUCAAGGCUUAUAUUGACAAUCUUAAGGAAGAAAAGAAGAAGGAAGCUACAAAAGAUGCAGUCUUCCCCUGUGUUCUAAAGAUUAUGCUGAACUGCAUUUUCAACAAAAAAGAUCCAAUUGUCUUGGGUGUUGAUGUCCUUGAAGGGAUUGCAAAGGUCGGCACUCCAAUUUGCAUUCCUUCAAGGGAUUUUAUCGAUAUUGGACGAAUAGCUUCCAUUGAGAUUAACCACAAACAGGUUGAUAUAGAAAAGAAAGGCCAAAAGGUAGCCAUAAAGAUUGCUAGCACCAACGUCGAAGAACAACAGAAGAUGUAUGGCAGGAAAUUUGAGAUUGAUGAUGAGCUUGUUAGCCACAUCUCGAGAAAAUCUAUCGACCCACUUAAAUCAAAUUAUCGGGAUGACUUGUUUAUUGAAGAGUGGAAGCUGGUAGUGAAACUAAAGACUCUAUUCAAGAUACAGUAAGCUAGAAAAGAAAAGAAAAAGAAAAAAGAAAAGGAAAAAAGCAGAAAGCAGAGUGAAGAAUAAUUACAAUCCUUGUUCAGCUGUGGUGAUGAUAAUGAAAAUGUGGUGAGGAUUUUGCACGAGUUACAGCUUUCAACUAUGCCAGAUUCUGAUGUAACGUGUUGAAAUUUUGGUUUUGGGAGAGUUUUGGUUGGUGAGGGAAGAUUGAGAAUCGAGGGAGGGAUCACCAGAAACAAUAACCUUGACAGAGAGCCAUUCUGCUCAUAGUCACCAACAAAAGGUUUCUUCAUUUCCGUUUUAUUUUUAUUUUUAUUUUAUGUAUGCUAUUGCCUUUUGGUUUGAAAAUAAACUAUUUCUUUAGAAUUAUUUUUUAUCUGGGCUACCUUUUUAAGAUGUGAUCUGUAUCUUUAUUAUAAAGUAAAGAGUAAUGGCAUUCGAGCAGGGGUGAUUUUUAUUUUUUAUUU